AUGUGUGUGCAUAUUUGUUUUGUGUUUGUUGUAUGUGCAAGUAAUAAAAAGGGAUGGUAGUCUUGUUUUUAAUGGCUUAAAUUGCGGAGAAAACAGAUAGUUUCUUUGUUGGGAAGUUCCCUAAGCUGAGAAUAAACAAAGAUUCAAUUUUAUUUCUUCUUCUUUCUGUUCAGAAAAUUAAGAGUAUACACGUUAUAUGGAUAGAUUUUACGGAAAAAGAGCUGUUGGUGGACUCUGUGUUCCUAAGAAUGCCAGCCUUGUUUCGAGAGAUGCAGACAACAGAAAUGGAGAUGCUCAAUUCUGCAAUAGACUUGGAUGUAGUGGCAGGCUUAAAUAUACUAAGGCCCCCCAAAUUGGAAGCCCUAGGAUACCCAAACCUUUGAGGCCAUCUACGCGGUCGACAAGUGCUAAAGAAUCUCGUGGAAGUAUUUCUAGUACUUCCUCUGUUGUCAACAUUGCAAAAAUUAGAUACCCAGAUUCUCGCAGAAAAUUGCGUUCAGAAGUAGAAAAAGAAACAUCAGAUAGUAGCAGGUCUCAAAAUGAAAUAGAAAUUCAGGAGCUUACUGAUUCACAAAGAACAAAAGGCAGAGGAUUCCAAUCAGAACCAAGAGAAUCUGAGUCUGGGAUUGUUCCAUCUGUUAAAGUAAGGAGCUCUAAUGUAGUAUCAAAAGCUAGAAACCCGAAUUCUUUCUAUAAAAGACCUGGGCUGACCAAUCAAGAUGCUUUACCCAGCUCUUCUAGUUCUCCAUCUGGGAGCAAUGACCAAGGGCCAAGUGGCUCUACGAAUGCUAGUCGUCAAGGAUUGAGAAGCCUACGCACUUCCAUAUCAGCCGCACUCCGCCCAGGUAGUUCGUUGUCUGAAUCAAACAUUAGUAAAAAGAAGGAUAUUGUAAAGAAGAGAAGCCCUGAACGAGAAGCCAGCUCCUCUAGCGGAGGGAAGAACAAAACUAGUGAACAACCUUCUGAUGGUGGACAUAUCUCUAAUCCUACCAAUGGCUUCACCUUUCCAGAUCAUAGAAGAAACAGAAAUUUGCCUUCUAGAAGGGAAAAUGGUGUGACAUCAGCUCAGUCUCGUAGAUUACCCAACAGUAAUACUAGGACAGGGCACCCCAGUCUAGUUAAUAGAACCAUUUUGUCAUCAGCUGAAGCCUCUGUUUUCAGGCGACAAAUGCCACGGUCUGAAAGAAAUAUAUUUGCUAAUGCUAAUUCAUUGCGCGAAGAAGCUUCCUCAGGUGGGUCAAGUUCUUAUAGUCAUUCUAGCAGUGGCAAUUAUGAUGACCAUGUGACGACAACACCAUCAGCUGAUCUUGGCAUUGCCCGUUUAGUGAACCGUGAUGGCGCGCAACAAUAUAACAUGGAUAAUAUUGCUGAGGUAUUAUUAGCUCUAGAAAGGAUUGAACAACAAGAUGAAGAACUUACAUAUGAGCAAUUACUUGCUCUGGGAACAAAUUAUUUCUUUGGUGGUCUUGGCGUUUAUGACCAGCACAGGGACAUGAGGCUGGAAAUUGAUAAUAUGUCAUAUGAGGAAUUAUUAGCUCUAGAGGAGAAGAUGGGUAAUGUAAGCACUGCACUUUCGGAGGAUGCUUUAUUGAAAAGUGUGACAAUGAGUACGUACCAGCCUGUAUGUUCAGAUGAAGAGGAAGCUGCAAGCAGCGUCAAGGGGGAAGAUACAAAGUGCAGUAUUUGUCAGGAGGAGUAUGUUGCUGGAGACGAAGUCGGGAAGAUUGGUUGUGAACAUGGAUAUCAUAUGGAAUGCAUAAAACAGUGGUUGCAGUUAAAGAACUGGUGUCCCAUAUGCAAGGCUUCAGUAGAGCCACGAGAAACAUCAUAGCUCUCUUUAAUAAAACCCUAUACCAAGUGUGGUGAUGAUGAUAAUAUAGGAUUUCUUCUAUACAUGUACAUAUCAUAUCUGGCAGGUCACUUUUUAUUCAUUAUAUGAUACUCCUCUGUAUAUACUUCAUACCAUUUCAUACUACAUAGUCAAUAACCCAGGCUUUAAGCUUUGCGGUUAAAGAAUAAUUACACUAUGUGCUUCAUUUUGUGGAUUUUGAA